AAUAUGGAUGAAUUUAUCAAAAACUGGUUAAAUUAUAUUGGGUUUCAACAUUUAGUGAAUAAAUUUGAAGAGGGAGAAAUUAAUAAAACAGUUUUGAUGAUAUUAACUGAGUUAAUGUUGAAAGAUUUAAUUCCCAAAAUUGUCCAAAGAGCAAAGUUUAUUAAUGAGUUGGAAAAACUAAAAAUACUAAGUUCAGCUCCUUAA